AGCUACCGUUACUCAGUCAACCACAGGCAGCAGGGCAGGGGAAGGGAGGACUGACGACGAGGGAAAGUGGGGAGAGAGGAAGAACUCGUGGCCUGCCUGACCUACUACCAUAUAUUUUCAUGCGAAGAAACUGCACGAUCAAGAACCUCUGUUUUUGGUCCCCCAAAACGACUCUGGCCCGGGCCUCACUCAGUCCGCGGUCGUGAGUUGGGUAAGCAGGGUGAUUGAAGCACGUCUAUCGGUGUCACAGCGCGUCUUUUCCACCAAGGAGGCAGUCAUGGGCGACAGCAGAGAUUCCCGCAGCCCAGACAGCUCCUCUGUGUCCUCCCCUCCCUCGGGCCUGCACUCACCCCCCCUGACCCCCACAGCAGCCGCCAUGACGUCUCUGCCGCCCUUCACCUCGGACGUCAACAGCCCCACCAGCAGCAUGGGCUCGCCCUUCUCUGUCAUCAGCUCCUCUUUGGGGUCGCCAUGCCUGCCCGGGACACCCUCGGUGGGCUACGGCCCCAUUAGCAGCCCCCAGAUCAACUCCACAGUGUCCAUGUCGGGGCUGCACGCGGUCAGCAGCUCGGACGACGUGAAGCCUCCGUUCGGGCUGGGGGGCCACAGCCCAGGGGGCCCCAUGCUCUCCCAGAAGCGCCUGUGUGCCAUCUGCGGCGACCGCUCCUCCGGUAAGCACUACGGAGUGUACAGCUGCGAAGGCUGCAAGGGUUUCUUCAAGCGCACGGUGCGUAAGGACCUGAGCUACACCUGCCGGGACAACAAGGACUGCCUGGUGGACAAGCGCCAGCGCAACCGCUGCCAGUACUGCCGCUACCAGAAGUGCCUGGCCUGUGGCAUGAAGAGGGAAGUGGUCCAAGAUGAACGACAGAGAUCCGUGCAGGAAGAGCGCCAGAGGAACAAGGAGCGGGAGAGUGAGGCGGAGUCGACCAGCGCCGUCAACGAGGAGAUGCCCGUGGAAAAGAUCCUGGAGGCCGAGAUGGCCGUAGAGCAGAAGACCGAGGUGCAUGCCGACGGGACCUCCGAGGGCAGCUCGCCCAACGACCCGGUCACCAACAUUUGCCAGGCUGCAGACAAGCAGCUGUUUACCCUGGUGGAGUGGGCCAAGAGGGUCCCCCACUUCUCUGAGCUGGCCCUGGACGACCAGGUCAUCCUGCUACGCGCUGGUUGGAACGAGCUGCUGAUUGCCUCCUUCUCUCACCGCUCCAUCAGCGUGAAAGAUGGCAUCCUACUGGCCACCGGCCUGCAUGUGCACAGGAACAGCGCCCACAGCGCUGGCGUUGGAGCCAUCUUCGACAGGGAGAGUGCGCACAAUGCAGAGGUUGGGGCCAUAUUUGACAGAGUUCUCACUGAGCUAGUCAGUAAGAUGAGAGACAUGCAGAUGGACAAGACCGAGCUCGGGUGCCUCCGAGCCAUCAUCCUCUUCAACCCGGAUGCCAAGGGCCUGUCCAGCUCCAGUGAAGUGGAAUUGCUGAGGGAGAAGGUGUACGCAUCGCUGGAGUCCUAUUGUAAACAGAGAUACCCCGACCAGCAGGGCAGGUUCGCUAAGCUCCUCCUCCGGCUGCCAGCGCUACGCUCCAUUGGCCUGAAGUGCCUGGAGCACCUGUUCUUCUUCAAGCUGAUUGGUGACACCCCUAUCGACACAUUCCUCAUGGAGAUGCUGGAGGCGCCCCACCAGCUGACCUAGGAACCAGGUUCUGCUCUGGUCCAUCAGGGAUUCCCGUUCUGGCACCCUGAUUCUGGGACUUCACCAUGUCUGCUGGUUUUGACGUCCCACUCACACAAACCCCACAACCCCUUCUUCACUCAUUAAAUCCCCCCCAAGCUGAUACAGCUCUCCAAAAGACCAUAUGCUGUCAAAAACAAACACUUUUUCCAACACGCACACAGAAACACAUACUUUUUUUCACAGUAGGUUAAGACACAUGGAAAUAUCUCAUUUUUAACCACAAGUUUUCUCAUGAGUUAGCCUUCAGUUUGUAGCCUUCAGCUUUGUGUGUAAACGCUUCUGCGAUAUCCGGUAGACCUCUUAGCUUCUUGUGGGGUUCGUAGGUUAUUCAGAUACAUUGCUGUAUGCAUAGAUAUGACGAGUGGCUUACACCCCCUUUGGUUUUACUCUUGGGUUUACCCUAAACCCAUCGUAAUCAGGUGUGUAAUAUUUCAAUCAAGUCUCCCAACUUUUCCAGCUUCUAUUGGUCGGAACACAACCAACGGAGGCAGACGCACCCCUCUCAGUUCACCAAUCCGAAUGUGAUUUGAAUACUAUGCUUUAUUCACACAGAAAUGCGCUGAAUUUGUACUGUACUCAUAAAAUGAGACCUUUUUUAAGGCAUUGAAAUCCAAGGGGGGGGGGCACUUUGUUUGGCCCUUCUUAAAGCUCACACCAGGCUUUCAAAGAAAGAAAGUGACUUAUAGGAUGUUUUCUUUUGUUUCUUUGUGGUGUUUGGUCUUCAAGGGCCAUUGGAGACACAAAGUGCAACCUUGUUCAAGAACACUGCGUUCAUUGGUGCUGUUGUAGAUCGUUCUUUUGUUUCAUGCCCUAUCCUUGCUAAUGGUAAUUUUUGCACUCUGAAACGUUACUGUGUAAGUAAACAUUUAGCAGAAAUCCUUCUGCCCAUCUUUAAGAAACUGGGGCCGAUCACAACACACACGUCAUCGAACGAACCGCUCCCCAUCUUUCAUCAUAUGUCUUCUUAAGAACCGAUAUGUUAAUGGGGGUGCUUCAUUCUGUGAAAUGGCCGUCAAGAAAGCCAGGAUAUCAUUGGAUAACUUGUUCUAUUGGCCUACAAUACCCCUACAAACCCCCCUUCUGAAUCCUCUGCUUGUUUCAUUCAGUGCUUGCAGCCUCUUUCCGCUAACUUUUUACAAUCUGUAAAUAAGAUGACACAUCUACUCCUUCACUAGAGUACGAUUGGGCGAUCCCAGUCGAUGCAUACAGUAGGGAAGACACAGGCGUUAGCGAGCAUAUUAAUACCCACACACAACAAAAAGUAUGCACCGAUAGCACUAGCUACAGUAUGAACAGCUAUUGUACACAUUCAACAUGUACUGUAAAAAAACAUUUAAGGGUUUUACCAAUAGACUGGAUUUUAAGCUUGAAAAACCCACCUAAUUGUCACUGACUAGAAGGUUGCUAGUAGUUGUACUAGUAGUUGUGAUGGUAUUCUUUCGGGCAACUGUCGGCAGUGUCACGGGCAGGGUGAUAGACCCCGCCCCCUUAGGCUGACCAGCCUCAGACGAUACUUCCUGUUUAGCGUGGAGCUGAUUGGCAGGCUUCAGCGGAUGUAAUGUGUGGUCUGCUUACACAAAGCUAUGCACCAGGGGCUGAUUCAGCUCCCCAUAACAGAAAUGGAUGUCAACACAUUAGAUACAAACAAAGCAUCAUUACACACAACAUAAGCAAUAUCGGUGGAUGCAUAAAGAAUGAGACCAUAUACAGUGGCUUUGCGAAAGUAUUCAUCCCCCUUGGCAUUUUUCCUAUUUUGUUGCCUUACAACCUGGAAUUAAAGUAGAUUUUUGGGGGGUUUGUAUCAUUUGAUUUACUUACACAACAUGCCUACCACUUUGAAGAUGCACAUUUCUUCUUGUGAAACAAACAAGAAAUAAGACAAAAAAAACAGAAAGCUUGAGCGUGCAUAACUAUUCACCCCCCAAAGUCAAUACUUUGUAAAGCCACCUUUUGCAGCAAUUACAGCUGCAAGUCUCUUGGGGUAUGUCUCUAUAAGCUUGGCACAUCUAGCCCCUGGGAUUUUUGCCCAUUCUUCAAGGCAAAACUGCUCCAGCUCCUUCAAGUUGGAUGGGUUCCACUGGUGUACAGCAAUAUUUAAGUCAUACCACAGAUUCUCAAUUGGACUGAGGUCUGAGCUUUGACUAGGCCAUUCCAAUACAUUUAAAUGUUUCCCCUUAAACCACUCAAGUGUUGCUUUAGCAGUAUGCUUAGGGUCAUUGCCCUGCUGGAAGGUGAACCUCUGAAACAGGUUUCCCUCAAGAAUUUCCCUUUUUUUAGCACCACCCAUCAUUCCUUCACUUCUGACCAGUUUCCCAGUCCCUGCUGAUGAAAAACAUCCCCACAGCAUGAUGCUGCCACCAGCAUGCAUCACUGUGGGGAUGUUGUUCUCGGGGUGAUGAGAGGUGUUGGGUUUGCGCCAGACGUAGCGUUUUCCUUGAUGGCCAAAAAGCUCAAUUUUAGUCUCAUCUGACCAGAGUACCCUCUUCCAUAUGUUUGGGGGGUUUCCCACCUGCCUUUUCGAGAACACCAAACGUGUUUUCUUAUUUUUUUUCUUUAAGCAAAUGGCUUUUUUAUGGUCACUCCGUAAAGCCCAGCUCUGUGGAGUGUACGGCUUAAAGUGGUCCUAUGGACAGAUACUCCAAUCUCCGCUGUGGAGCUUUGCAGCUCCUUCAGGGUUGUCUUUGGUCUCUUUGUUUCCUCUCUGGUUAAUGCCCUCCUUGCCUGGUCCAUGGGUUUUGGUGGGCGGCCCUCUCUUGGCAGGUUUGUUGUAGUGCCAUAUUCUUUCAAUUUUUUAAUAAUGGAGUUAAUGGUGCUCAGUGGAAUGUUCAAAGUUUCAGAUAUGUUUUUAUAACCCAACCUUGAUCUGUACUUCUCCACAACUUUGUCCCUGACCUGUUUGGAGAGUUCCUUGGUCUUCAUGGUACUGCUUGCUUGGUGGUGCCCCUUGCUUAGUGGUGUUGCAGACUCUGGGGCCUUUCAGAACAGGUGUAUAUAUAUUGAGAUCAUGUGACAGAUCAUGUGACACUUAGAUUGCACACAGAUGGACUUUAUUUAACUAAUUAUGUGACUUCUGAAGGUAUUUGGUUGCACCAGAUCUUAUUUAGGGACUUCAUAGCAAAGGGGGUGAAUACAUAUGCACCCACCACUUUUUCGUUUAGAUUUUUUUAUUUUAUUUUUUUAAACAAGUAAUUUUUUUAAAUUUCACUUCACCAAUUUGGACUAUUUUGUGUAUGUCCAUUACAUGAAAUCCAAAUAAAAUCCAUUUAAAUUACAGGUUGUAAUGCAAUAAAAUAGGAAAAACGCUAAGGGGGAUGAAUACUUUUGCAAGGCACUGUAGGUAUCCCUUUCCAUAUUGUGGCCAUAAAAAAUGUAGAUGGGUGAUUUCUGGAGUAUAUUUAGAAAUUGGUAUUAUUUACUAUUCAGAAAUUAUGAUGAAGAAUAGAGGUUGCUGUAUCUAUCACCUUACUGGACAGAAGUUCAGCUGUCCUAAACUGGGUGCUACACGACUCAUAUGGUCUUACAAUUAUAGACAUUCUUGUUUACACCAGAGGAGGCUGGUGGGAGGAGCUAUAGGAGGAUGGGCUCAUUGUAAUGGCUGGUACGGAAUCAAUGGAACAGAGUCAAGCAUACUUAGUACCAUUCCAUGAAUUCCAUUCCAGCCAUUACAAUGAGCCUGUCCUCCUAUAGCACCUCCCACCAGCCUCCUCUUGUUUACACCAACGCAGACACAGUACACACACAAACACAAGGCUAAGAGUGUGCAAGUACACACACACACACACCCUCCACCGUUUUCCGUCUUGAAACCGAGGUCUACUUAAAAUUGGAUUCCCACUCAGCUGUCCUCUUUUCAGCCGAUCCCCUAGAUUGACUUGCUGUCAGCCCUUUCUGGCGAGAGGAACACCUCCCCCAUGUAAUAUAUGGAUAUGGAGGAUUAUACCUGUGUGUCCUACUCCAAGCCUGUGAACAGGCAAUAGGAGCACUGUAGACUAUUGACAUACCUGCUGGUUUAUGUAUGUCUAUACAUGUGAAAAUGCUCUGUUCCUCAGUGUCCAGAUUGUGGAUGUACAGAGAAGAGGUGCGGUUGCUUGUUGUCGCAUCACGGUUUCAGAGUGGCACCUCAGGGUAGACUAUCUUAUGUGUGCAUCCCCAGUGUGAACCAUGAUCUUGUCACACCUCCACGAUGCUGGCAACAGCCCCCUUUCUGCAAUUCCCUCAUGGUUUUUUGGAGCUUCCUUAGUUGAAUGUGAAUGCCUUGUAUCUCCCAUUUCAUUAACAUUAGAAAAUCCUGGCCUCAGAGGGACCAAACGAGUCCAUUUUGACUCCCAACACUCUUAAGUCUAACAAGUACAUUUCAGCUAGGCUAUCGAAUAAAUAAUAUUUUGGUUGUGUUUAUGGAUGUCUUGGGUAACAUUAGAAUACGAAAAAAUAUAUAAUUUCAAAGAACAAAAUAGAAUUUGUAUUCGUUUAUGUUACUUGUAGGCUAUCUGUUGCCUAAUGUUCAAGUGUGGAGCUCACGGAACAGUGGUUCUUAUAGGGAACAGUGAUAUUUUGAAAUGGAGCUAAUUCUGGAUACUAUAUCGAAAUAAAAACGUCUUACCUGCAUGUGACUCUGUAGGAGGAUUUGAAAAAGUCACUUUUUGGCACUCUGAAAAAGACAUGUCCUCUUAAAACUGCUUAUAACACUCAUUCUGUUUGUGAUAUCGAAAUGAUAAAAUAAGUGUGUUCAACAGACUUAUUUAGGAAAAGUCAAGGACAGACUUUACAAAUGGCAGAGAUAUUUCAAUUUAAAAUUCAUAUUAAGUCAAAAGGGCUCACUUGCCUCUUCUAGUGCUAAAACAGUGAAUUUAAAGUGAAUCCCUUGCUGUGCUGUGUCUUGUCCCAUAAAAUGCCAUUUUGCUAUGAGCAGGGAUGUAUUUAGUACAGUACCAUAUACGUAUAACAGCUCUAUGCAAAUUCUACAGGUUUUAUAAGCUAAGCAUUUUCAAGUUGUUCAGGCAGACAGUUUAUCAGAAGAUGGUCGGUCCCAAGUAAUUUUUUUUUUUUCAAUAAUUUUAAAACAUGUAUUUUGAUAUGUCACUGUGUUGAUAAGUCGCGAUGUUUAUAUGUCACGAUGUUGACUGCGUACAAUGAAGCCUUGUUCUGGUUAUACCAGCAGGCUCGGGUCUGCUGCAGCAUGGAGAGAGGUUUUCAACAAAACAACGAGAUGCACAGAAUAGCAAGGCGCACGCGAAGGGGGUGAAAAUUGGCAAACACGUUUCCUGGCCCCUUCCUCUUCCCUUGCCAACGGAGUGCAAUGGUCAUUUGGUAUUACUUGAUGGCAGUGCGGCGGUGGUCAUCGCCCUUGGAGACAGACCGCCGGCGUGCGGCCCAAAGAUGCGUGUCCUUCGUGACCGCGUGCACUCAAGGCAGACGCCUGGACCUUUGAUUACGUUCAGUAUCUCCAACUUUUGAAAUCACUUGCUUUAAAUCAAAUUAAAACGCUUCUUUAUUAAAACUGGGGCUGUGAAGCUGUCAUGUAUUGGUAUGUAGAUUUUAGACUUAUUUUACAUAGGCACCCUGGAGCAAAGGCCCUCUGCGAUGAUCUAAACACCCCAUGCGGUUGGCAGGUUUGCACCACCCAUGUGAUGAUACAACACUGCCAAACGGGUGCGAAGUCCAGCGUUGAUGCUGUGUCAUGCUGAGGGGUGUGCUUUGUCACAAAAAGGCCCCUUAUAAGAAGGAUGUCACAGCAAGGGGGAGGGCCAGUGGCCCCUAUGGUGCUAAUGCUGUACAUUGGUGCUUUUUUUUAAAGGGCCGACCUUGCUUUGAUUGCCAAGAGGGCAGAGUUACAAGCUAGGAACGUGCACAGAUCAUUCGGCUAUUUGGAUCACGGUUCUAUCUUCCGUGUCCAGCGCAAACAGGAGUGUUUACGUUGAAAAAUAUGCGUUGGGACACUGCAGCAAACCUUGGCUUCGGGCCGAAGAAAAAAAAAGAGGAGUCAAUGCAUGGACUCCAAACGCCUCUGGAUAGUGUCCCAUUACAUGGAAUGAACUUGAGGGGAGGGCCAACUCAACAUGGUAGACGCCACUCUUUAUAGGAGGGAGGUCGUGCUCUCCAGUUGAAAGAAUGCUUUCAGAGUUGAAGUGCUUAGGGUGGGGCAUAGGGUGGGACACUUUGACUUGAUCCGAUGAUGGUUUAUUGGUCAAGAAAAGCUGUUUUUCUUUUGAAUUAGAUCUAGAGAUGUCCUGUCAUUGACUCCCACCACAAUACACUGCUUCUUUGCCUGUGUUUGACUCUUUCCCAUGACCAGGCUGUUCAUCUUUCUGUAUUCAGGAGUAUUAAACAAAUGCAAAAACGUAUUCACGUGGGUUUCCUUUUUCUCAUGUUAAUUCUUUGUCUAGUUUUUAUCUCUGACUCCAGCAUAUACAUGUGCAAAUUAUAUACUCUUUUGUGUGUUUUGGGGAAGGAAAGCAACAACAAGAAAUUGUCAUUUGGAAUCUGCUUCUGUUUGUUGUAUCAUUUCUAAGUAAAGUUUUAAUACUGGA